AGCAUUCCCUCGUACCCCGACCGCCUCUGCCGCCAUGGAAUGCUCGUUUGCGCUGACCGGAAAGGACUAUGUGAUUGUCGCGGCCGACACGACCGCCGCGCGCUCCAUCGUCAAGAUGAAGGGCGACGAGGACAAGAUCAAGACGCUCGGGCCCCAUCUGCUCAUGGCCUACUCUGGUGAACCAGGCGACACCGUCCAGUUUGCCGAGUACGUCGAGCGCAACAUCCGCCUCUACCAGAUCCGCAACCUCUACCCCCUGCGCCCCGCCUCCGCCGCCUCCUGGAUCCGCCGCUCCCUCGCAGACUCGCUGCGCUCCCGCUCGCCCUACUCUGUCAACCUCCUCCUCGGCGGGUACGACACCGCCGCGCAGACGCCGUCGCUCUACUGGAUCGACUACCUCGGGACGAUUGCCACAGUGCCGUUUGCGUGCCACGGCUACGGGAGCUACUUUGCGCUCAGUUUGCUCGACCGGUAUCACAACCCCGAAGGGAGUCUGGAGGAGGGCCUUGAGACGCUGAAGAGAUGUAUUGACGAGGUCGCCAAGCGGUUAGUGGUCAGCCCAGGCAAAUACAAGGUCAAGGUGGUGGACAAGGACGGGAUCCGUGAGAUCGAGUUGUAAUUUGAUGCAUGGAUCUUUAUUGUACUAUGGCAUUCCCGAUGACACUUGCCCUCCGCUGGCGACUCGUAGCAUUCGGCCUCGAAGCGUCCGUACGUCCUAGUAUUCUGUUGUUUUAGAUGGCUGGUGACGAUGUGACAACAUACAUAUCGCC